UUCUGCUUGCGAGUUCCCUGAAUGGGUCAACAGGGCAAAUGUAAGUUUCUCUUUGUUUUACUCCGAAACGCCGCAUUAUCUGGAUAUCAUAACCUCUCAGGCCAUUUCUCUGCAAGGCGCCCCCGGGGCCGCUGACACGUGACCUACGCCUGCCUCCCUCCGUCUCGUGACAUGCUGCCGUUUAGUUGACGACGGUUACCCCCCAUCCCCAGUAUCGACAUCAUCUCUCUACAUACCUACAUCAACGGGAGGCCCCUCCCCAAUCUUUAUCGGAACGUCUUAUCGGAGUGACCGCCCCGAGGGGUGCAGAAGCAUUUCUCGCACGUAAGAGGCCGAGAUCUCUCCCAAGAUGAACGUGCACGGGAUCCGUCGUAACAUGAAGAACGUGGUGCGCAACUACUCGGACGCCCAGGUGAAAGUGCGCGAGGCGACGUCCAACGACCCCUGGGGUCCCCCCUCGACUCUCAUGGGAGAGAUAGCGGACCUGUCCUACAACGUCGUGGCCUUCACGGAGAUCAUGCAGAUGAUCUGGAAGAGGCUCAACGACCACGGCAAGAACUGGCGACACGUCUACAAGGCCCUGGUGCUCCUCGAGUACCUCAUCAAGACCGGCUCGGAAAAGGUGAGCCAGCAGUGUAAGGAGAAUAUCUUCGCUAUCCAGACGCUGAAGGACUUCCAGCACACGGAAGAGAACAAGGACCAAGGCGUCAACGUCCGAGAGAAAGCCAAGCAAUUGGUGUCGCUCCUGAAGGACGACGAACGUCUGCGCUCGGAGAGGGCGCGAGCCCUGAAGGCCAAGGAACGCUUUGCCCAGGCAACUGCGCGGGUUGGAUCCGAAACCCUGGCUAAAUAUGGUGGAGGGGGAAGGAGAGACUCCUACGGAUCGGACACCGCAUCACCUCGAGAAGGAGGAGGACCCCUCUCGUCCGAGCUCGAGAGUGCUCGGCCGCAGACGGCCGGAGAAGAGGAGCUCCAGCUGCAGUUGGCUCUGGCGAUGAGCAAGGAGGAAGCGGAACAGGAAGAAAGAGUACGGAAGAACGACGACCUCCGCCUACAGAUUGCCAUCAGCGAGUCGCAGCACGUUCAGAACGGUGGCACUGCUGCAGCGACCAGCCCUCGAAAGCCGCAGACGUUGAGCGGCCUCGACGAUCUGAUAGGACUGGACCUGGGGGGAGGCGCCACCGGGGGAGGAGGUGUACCUGCAACGGACCCCUGGGGGGUGCCGCUCUACGAUGGGUCGCAGGCGGCAGCGCCUGCAGCCGAUCCUUGGACUUCGCCCACGAACGCCCGUCCUCCGCCUGCCGUGAGCGACCCGUGGUCUCCUUCUUCUCAUCCUGACGACGCCCCUGACUGCGCAGCCAUGGGCGACCCCUGGGCAGCUGGCGUUCGGGAUCCCGCCUGGAAGCCACCCCUGGGCCAUCCUGUCCUGCCCGGCACAACCAACGGCGGAGGAGGUGUGGAUGAGUUCGACAUGCUGAGCAAGCGCUCCGCGGCUACGAGUCCUAUCGGAGCAGCUGAAGCUAGCGAUGAGGGGUCGGACGCGUUUGGGAUGGGCGAUCUGCAGGGUACCCUGCCCGCGGUGUCCUCUUCGGAAGACGCGCGCCGCAAGACCCCAGAGAGCUUUUUGGGCCCAAACUCUAAUCUGGUGAACCUGGACGCCCUGGUGACGCAACGGCCGCCAGCCGUCGGCAUUCCUCCGGCGUCCAACCCGUUUGCCGGAACCGUCAACACCGUGAUGGCUCCACCUCCAGCAGGAAAUCCGUUCCAGGCGUCGAAGCCACCUCCGCCGACCAUCAACCAGCUGCGCUCGCAAAAUAUGCAGUUUGUGCCUAUGGGUGUUCCGCCUCCGCAAGGGCCCUUCGUGGCACCCCUGGCGCCCCAACAGAAUCCCUUCAUGUGAAACCGGCGCCACCCCCAACGGCUGCCGACGCUUUCGACGAUCCCGCGCGAGAAAGUGACGUGGUGCACGACGGAACUUGCGGUGUGCGGACAAACGCAGACCAGACGUUGUGCGGCGCAGGCAUUUUAUCGACUACUCAAAUCGGCUUCUGUCCAGUAGCACCCUUCUUUAUUUUUAUUUUUUUUCCCCUCGCGCAGUGCAGAGCUGGAAAGUGGUGCUGUAGAGAGUAUCCCUGUUAUCUAAACAAAAACAUACUACUACUACUCAGGUCCGUGCAGUAUCCUUGAGACGACAGUUUUACUAGAGGACGGAACGAUGGCUGAACUUAAAAAAAAAAAAAAAAGGCUUACAUUUGCACUAAAAAUUUGUGUGUGUGCUGCGGGUGUUUUAUGGGGCGUCCUUGCAUAGGAAAAAGAAGCAAUCGACCAAACAAGGUGCGCGGCAGAAGGAGGGAGGCCGCGCUCGAGAAGGCGUUUUCCUCUCUCGCGCUUCGUGGUACAAAUUACGCUGGCGCCCCCGGUGGGAGCAGUGGCAAUGAAGACUUUCUUUCGACUUGAUUUUCGUCGUACAUUUAUAAACGAGGAAUGUGAGCUAGGGGAAUGUUUUACGGAGAGAGAAAAACGUAAGCAGGAACGUCUGCGAAGGAAUUUCGAGGAGCCGCCAGACGUAAUCAUGAAUGUGUUCUUCGCUACGAGCACGUUUUUAAUAUGUUCAUCGCCGACUUUAGUGAAGAAAUUUUUGCCUUUUGUGAAAAGUGUGCAAGCGUGUGUGUGUGUGCAUGACUGUGAAGCUUAUUUAUGGCUGUUUUUGAGGAAUGCCAUCAAAAUUUUGAAUAAAUUUGUAACAAGCUUAGCAAA